UUCUCUGGAAUCUGGAAGCUGAAGCGAGAGAGGGAGAACAGCAGAACGGUGUAGCAGUACAAGCACACUGGGGGAUGGUUCGAUGUUUGUCGUGCAACACGACGGGACAAGAGGGUGAGCCAGUACCGCGAAGAUCGCCAGGAAGAUGCGGCUCUCUCGACUACCUCUCAUCUCUGGAGUUUUGACCGGAUCGACUCUGGUAUGCUUUCCGAGCGCGGUUCCCGCAGAGUCUACCCAGCCCGACCACCUGACGCUAGACUGGAGUGAGUGGAUCGACCCACCAGUGGCGCCUGUGACGGACAACUGGGCCACCAGCAGCAUGGAAGAACUGUUGACCACGCCCUGCGUGGAUGCUGCACAGACGGGAGGAUGCCAUCAACUUCGGCCAGCACAAGUGCGGACGCUGGUGCACGAUUGUGCCCGCCGGUUGAAGGUCGCGGGCGAUCUCUGUGGGCAUUCCGAGACUCCCGUCGUCGAGGAUGACUAUCGGCUUCCUCACAUGGAGUCGGGAGUGCUUCCUUGUGGAUUUGAGGAGCGUACGCCAAACGAAGUCUUGGAGGACAUGGCCUCCAAGUUCACCUUCCAUUUCAUUGGCGACAGUACCAUCCGCAGACUCGGGGAGAGCUUCGUGUCAAUAUUCACAGGACAAGGAUCAAAACACGACAUGGUUCACAGCGACUUGGACUUCUCUACAGGGAACCUAGAGACUCGCUUUUACUGGGCACCCUUCUGUUUCGGGUCUGAGAGUGUUGGCGCGAAACUGGCGACCGUCAUGGACGGAGUGAAAACUGCGAAGAGGGGCGACAAGCGCACAGUUAUCAUCACAGCAUUUGGAGUCCACGACUCGUAUGAGCUACCGCUGCUAGUCAAGGGGAGUGCGAGCACCUCGUACAUGGACGCCCUCCCUCCAGACUUCGUUGACAAUGGCAGUGUGAGGACCGCCACCCUUGGCGCUUGUCAGGCCACCACCGCCCAGCUUGUACAAGCAGCUGCUGCGAAGGUGAUGGCAUGGGCCGACCCGACCGCGGAGAAGGGGCAAUGGUCGAAGGCGGUGCACGCCUCGCCGAACACUACCACCAGGAGUACGACGGAAACGAACGGGGUUUCGUUUUCAUUCGGAGCGCCUGGGACAACAGCGGCAACGGACCCCACACCCCCGCUGGUCUUUCUCAUGCAAAACAACAGAUACCCUCCAAACUCUCCGGAAGAUAACUACCUCGAAGAGCUCCGUCGAAUACAGCGAGGAGAGGUUCAGGAGUGGGAGGCAGGCGAGGGCAAUGAGGACGCUGAGGGAGGCAUAUAUCUUGUGGACGACAGCGUUAGUCUCUUCCGCAACCUAUCAUGCUACCGCGAACGCAACCCCAUCCACUUCCAUGAGCCCGUGAAACUCGUGGAAGGAAAGAUGCUUUGGGACCUGCUUGCACUCGUCGAGCGCGAGAGCGCAUCGCCUCUCGUCCCCUGA